CACUUGCUGAGCUCCAAGUUUGGGCAAAGGAACAAAGUUCGCGCCUCGGGGCUUUCGGGCGUGGCCUUCGAUCCCGGAGCUGGCCGUUGGGCUCGAAACCCGGGAACCCGCUAGGACACCUGCCCAGUGGGAAAGGAGAAGAGAGAUUCCAAGCAAAUGGAGGAGCAUGCUUGAUUGUCUGAAGGUGAUCAGAGGAACUGGCUGAUUGAAGAUGAACAGGAAUUGUGUGGAAAAGAGGCUCUAUGGUCUCUUUGCAGACUUUCCAGCAGGGGUUAAUUCCACAGAAAUCAGUGCCUUGGGGCAGUAUCUGUUUUGCCAGCCACCUGUCACCUGGCUCCCUCCAGGGCACACGAUGUCUCUGCCCAUUUAUCAGAAGCUCCACCAGCACUAUGACAGCAGCUACAGAAACAGGGACCUUCGCAGCACCAUGAGCCAGUACCAGCAGGAGAAGAAAAGCUCUGCCAUCUACACCCAUGGCUCCACGGCCUACAGCAGCCGCUCCGCCACUGCGCACCGCCAGGAAUCCGGGGCCUUCAGCCAGGCGUCCACGGGCUCCUACCAGCAGCAGGCCUCCCAGGCCACUGAAUCUACCCAUGCAUUCGCAGCCAGUCGGAAGACAGCCUCGGCCUACGAUUACGGCUACUCCCACGGGUAUGUCAGAAGCAGCCUUCCAACCUUAGCUCAAAGGUUAAAUCCAAGUUUAGAUGAUACAAGAUACUUCCAGAAUGGCAUUCAUCUUCCCCAGACAGUUGGCGUGACCCCUUAUGGUUAUGCAUCCAAGUUUGAGAUCCACGUUGAUGACAAAUUUGAUGUGUCUUUUGGAAGAGAGGGCGAGACAAUGAGUCUAGGCUGCCGUGUAGUUAUCACUCCUGAAAUUAAGCAUUUCCAGCCAGAGAUCCAGUGGUACCGAAAUGGAGCACCUGUUUCUUCAUCCAAAUGGGUUCAAACACUUUGGAGCGGAGAUCGAGCAACACUGACAUUUUCUCAUCUCAACAAAGAAGAUGAAGGCCUUUACACAAUCCGUGUACGAAUGGGAGAAUAUUAUGAACAAUAUAGUGCUUAUGUCUUUGUUCGAGACGCUGAUGCAGAGAUUGAAGGAGCUCCAGCCUCUGCCUUGGAUGUGGUGUGCUUGGAUGCCAACAAAGAUUAUAUCAUCAUCUCUUGGAAACAGCCAGCUGUGGAUGGAGGGAGUCCUAUUCUCGGAUAUUUUAUUGAUAAAUUUACUUGCCAUGGAUUGGCGACUGGUCAGAGUUAUAUCUUCCGGGUCAGAGCAGUGAAUGCAGCAGGACUUAGUGAAUAUUCCCAGGAUUCAGAAGUGAUUGAAGUAAAAGCUGCUAUUGGGGGAGGCGUGUCUUCCGAUGUGUGGCCUGAAAUGAAUGAUACACCUGGUGGACUAACAGACUCCAGGGGAGGCAUGCAUGAAGCCUCCCAGCCAACCUUUAAGAAAGAUGCUUUGCUUGGUAGCAAACUUAACAAACCUUCACUACCCAGUAGCCCUCACAACCUGGGCCAAACAGAAGUGAGUAAAGUAAGUGAAACAGUUCAGGAAGAGCUUACCCCAUUACCACGGAAGGCAGAUGGUAAGGGGAAAAGUAAGUCUGACCCUCUGAAAAAGAAGAAGGACAUAGCGGCACCAUCUCCUCCCUGUGAUAUCACUUGUCUUGAAAGUUUUCGUGACUCAAUGGUUCUUGGAUGGAAGCAACCAGAUAAGACUGGAGGGGCUGAAAUUACUGGCUAUUAUGUGAAUUAUCGUGAGGUAAUUGAUGGAGUACCAGGAAGAUGGAGAGAAGCCAACAUCAAAGCUGUCAGUGAUGAGGCAUAUAAGAUUAGCAACUUGAAGGAAAACAUGGUGUAUCAGUUCCAAGUGGCAGCCAUGAACAUCGCUGGGUUGGGAGAGCCCUCAGCAGUAAGCAAAUGCUUCAAAUGUGAAGAGUGGACCAUUGCUGUUCCAGGACCCCCACACAGUGUCAAAUAUAGUGAAGUCAGGAAAACCUCCCUGGUUCUGCAGUGGAAGCCUCCUAUCCACUCUGGAAGGACUCCAGUCACUGGUUACUUUGUGGACUUGAAGGAGGCCAAGGCCAAGGAUAGCCAAUGGCGAGGACUCAACAAAGCAGCUAUUAAAAACACGUACCUGAGGGUACAAGGCCUCCAGGAGGGCGUCAGCUACGUGUUCCGUGUCCGAGCCGUCAACCAGGCAGGUGUCGGCAAGCCAUCAGACCUUGCUGGGCCUGUUGUGGCAGAAACCCGUCCAGGAACCAAAGAGGUUGUUGUAAAUGUGGAUGAUGAUGGAGUAAUUUCAUUGAACUUUGAAUGUGAUCAGAUGGCUCCAAAUUCUCAAUUCAACUGGUCCAAAGAUUAUGUAUCCACUGAGGACUCUCCACGAUUAGAGGUUGAAAGCAAAGGCAACAAAACGAAAAUGACCUUCAAGGACCUGGGGAUGGAAGACUUGGGCACUUACUCCUGCGGUGUAACAGAGACUGAUGGAAUAGGGUCAAGCUACUUGAUCGAUGAGGAAGAGCUGAAACGUUUACUAGCUCUCAGCCAAGAACACAAGUUCCCAACUGUCCCAAUUAAGUCAGAGUUGGCAGUUGAAAUUUUGGAGAAAGGCCAGGUCCGGUUUUGGAUGCAGGCUGAGAAGCUGUCUGGCAACACCAAAGUCACCUACAUAUUUAAUGACAAGGAGAUUUUUGAAGGACCGAAAUAUAAGAUGCAUAUUGACCGAAACACUGGCAUAAUUGAAAUGUUCAUGGAAAAGCUACAGGAUGAGGAUGAGGGAACAUAUACUUUUCAGCUUCAAGAUGGAAAAGCAACUGGCCAUUCUACUCUUGUUCUCAUUGGAGAUGUUUAUAAAAAGCUCCAGAAAGAAGCCGAAUUCCAGCGGCAAGAAUGGAUCAGGAAACAAGGUCCUCAUUUUGCUGAGUAUUUGAGCUGGGAAGUGACGGGUGAAUGUAAUGUACUAUUGAAAUGCAAGUCCUUCCCUCUCAUAAAACGUGUUUUGCAGGCGCUUAAUCUCACCUGCAUCGUUUGGGGCGACCCAACUCCAGAGGUUUCCUGGUUAAAGAAUGAGAAGCCCCUGGUCCCGGAUGACCACUGUAGCGUCAAGUUCGAGGCCGGCAAGACUGCCUACUUCACCGUCAGUGGGGUGAGCACCGCCGACUCCGGCAAAUACGGGCUGGUUGUGAAGAACAAGUAUGGCUCAGAGAUAAGCGACUUCACUAUCAGUGUGUUCAUCCCGGAGGAGGAGGCAAGGAAGGCCACUGAGCAGCCCCAGAAAGGCCACAAGAAGGCCAAGUGACGAGGAGGUGGCUCGAGGGGAGCUGCGCUGAGCUGCCUUGUGUUACUUGUGUGCGAAUGGCUUGGGUUAAGUGUAAGGAAGCCUUCCUGCUUUCUACUCCCUAUUUCUGUGCUGGCUCGGGGGGAAAUUGUCAAUCUCUUAUUCAUAUAAAGAAGCAUCAACUAACAACA